GAUGGCGGGGGCGGAAGGGGAGGGGAAGGAGGAGGGAGGCAGGCGGCGAGGGGAGAGCGCAGCGGCAGCGCAGGAGGGAGCGGAGCGGCGCGGAGCGCGGCGGCGCGGCGAGCGGAGCCGGGGCCGGAGCCGGAGCCGGUGCUGUUGCCGGAGCCGGGGCCGGGGCGGGAGGGGGCGCGGUCCGGUCCGGUCCGGUCCGGUCCGGUCCGCCCCGCCGCCCCCGCCGCCCCCCGGGGCUGCGCGCCGGGCCGCGGCAGCCGGGAUGGGCGGGCGCGGGGCGGCUCCGCCAGCCGCCGUCCUCCGCGCCUCGGCCGCCUCCCGCCGCGCUAUAUAGGGGAGGGAGGGGCGGCGGGGGGCCGGCGCGGCCAGAGCGCACGGGGCGGCGAUGCCUCCUGCCAGGGGAGCCCGCGAGUGACCGGCGCCUCUGCCCAUGCCGCCGCCCGGAGCGGCCCCCCCGCCCGGCAUGGAUGUGUCCAACAGCACUACCUCCCCAGGGCGCUCCCCCGAGGGCGCCGGCGGCCCCGGCCUGGCCGAGGUGACCCUGGGCUACCAGCUGCUCACCUCGCUGCUGCUGGGCACGCUCAUCCUGUGCGCCGUGAGCGGCAACGCCUGCGUGAUCGCGGCCAUCGCCCUGGAGCGCUCGCUGCAAAACGUGGCCAACUAUCUCAUCGGCUCGCUGGCCGUCACCGACCUCAUGGUGUCCGUGCUGGUGCUGCCCAUGGCGGCCCUCUACCAGGUGCUGAACAAGUGGACGCUGGGGCAGGUCACCUGCGACAUCUUCAUCUCCCUGGACGUGCUGUGCUGCACCUCCUCCAUCCUGCACCUGUGCGCCAUCGCCCUGGACAGGUACUGGGCCAUCACGGACCCCAUCGACUAUGUCAACAAGCGGACUCCGCGGCGGGCCGCCGUGCUCAUCAGCCUGACCUGGCUCAUCGGCUUCUUGAUAUCCAUCCCGCCCAUGCUGGGCUGGAGGACGCCCGAGGACCGCUCGGACCCCGACGCCUGCACCAUCAGCAAGGACCACGGGUACACCAUCUACUCCACCUUCGGCGCCUUCUACAUCCCGCUGCUCCUCAUGCUGGUGCUCUACGGCCGCAUCUUCAGGGCGGCCCGCUUCAGGAUCCGCAAGACCGUCAAGAAGGCCGAGAGGAAGAGGACGGCCGACACCUGCCUCACCCUCUCCCCGGCCGCGCUGCGGCCCAAGAGCAACGGGGAGCCCGGCGGGGGCUGGCGCCGGACUGCGGAGCCCCUGCCCGCCGCCUGUGCCAACGGCGCGGCGCGGCGGGGCGCGGAGGGGGCCGCGCUGGCCGUCGUGGAGGUGCGGCACUGCGCCGGCCCCUGCAAGCCUCACCUGCCGCUGCCCAGCGCCGCGGGCGGCUCCCCGCCGGCGCCCGCCCCCGAGCGGCGCAACGAGAGGGGCGCGGAGGCCAAGCGGCGGACGGCUCUGUCCCGGGAGCGGAAGACUGUCAAGACCCUCGGCAUCAUUAUGGGCACCUUCAUCCUCUGCUGGCUGCCCUUCUUCAUCGUGGCGCUGGUCCUGCCCUUUUGUGACAAGAAGACGGCGGGGAGCUCCGAGCCCGGCCCGGUCCGGCCGACGCCCGAAAGUUUCUCCGGAGACGUGGCGGCCGCGUCGGAGGCAGCCAGCUGCGGCACGUCUCCCUGGGAGCAAACCCGCAGCAGUGAACCACAACACUGCCAUGUGCGCGCAGCGGCGGCGGGGAGGGGCUGAGCGCCGGGGGGGGGGGGAGCAGACCGGGGGGGCUCUCCAGGCCAGGCGCAGGGAGCGCCAAGCAGGGCCCGCCCUGGCCGGGCCGGUGCCGGCGGCCCCCACCCGCUUCUCCCCUGCAAGUCCCGGGGUGCUGCCCUCUCACCGCUUCGCUCCGGCUGGGGGGCAGCAGGGCUGGCAGGCCCCCCCCCCCCCCCCCCCCGCCCCGUUUCGGCCCGUGCCGCCCGCAGGGGCUGGCCGCUGCCUGCCUCCGCGGCGGGUCGCCUGAACUCGGCUGCUUGACCAAAUAUAUAUAUUUUUUCCUGUUUAGUUCGGUGUAAUCUGUGUUUCCUAUCGGUAAAAGGGAAUGUUAAAUCUGUGCGUCACGUGAAUGUAAGUGUCCAGUCAUUUCUGAACUUAAGCCGCUUACAUUAAAUGACAAUAGAGCUUUUAACAGCCUCAAAUACAGAGCUGAUUUUCUGAAAAUCUGAUCUGACCUCAUUUUCGCAAUUAAAGUGAUCUUUGAUCUUA